UCUUUUAGCAAGGAAUUACUCAUGAACCGCAAGGAUCAUCUUACCUGCCAACAAAUCGUGAAAUUUUUGAUGAUAUACCGGAAUGGGGCAUCCCAACUACGCACGAAUCUGGAAGUUCUGCAACACACGAAGGCAUUGAUUGUUUUUAGAUUUUUUAUUAGGAUUAUAGCUCGAACCCUUGGCCGGGCCCGGGCAUAUUUUAAAAUCAUAGACUUGUAUUUAAAAUCAAGUCUAUGA